AUGAACCAGUGGUCCUUGCUUCCCAUGGAAUUGUUGAAUCUCAUCGAAGAGAGUCUUGACCUGUACCAUGAUAAAGUUAGGCUACGUUGUAUUUGUUCUUCAUGGAGGUCUUGCCUAUUAAAAAUGCCUAACCACAAACAACAUCAACUUCCUUGGUUGUUACUACCUCAUAGUGUUGGAACCUCAUGUGCAUUCUUUGACUCACUAGAGAAGAAGGUUCACAAAGUUGAGUUGCCUGAGGCUGGAGAGAUGGUGUUUAAGGGUUCAGCAUAUGGUUGGGUGGUGGUUGCUGAGAAGAGUGGUGCAAUAUUUCUGCUUAAUCCACUUACAAGGAACAAAAUUAAGCUUCCUCCAAGGUCCAAGUUUCCAGAUGUAAGAAAGUAUCGUGCUGACAAAGUUGGGUAUGAGUAUCUUAUUUGGAUUUAUAGUGCAGUAUUGGCUCCCGGGCGGUACCAAUCCCAUGAUGCAACCCAUGUACUAAACUAUCUGUUGCGAAAAGUCAUCUUAUCUUCAAGCCCUACCUCAAUGGAUUUUGUAGCAGUAGCUCUGUAUGGUGAGUAUGGGCAUCUGGCCUAUUGUAAACGUGGAGACAAAAAAUGGUCUCUCAUCGAUAAUAAGUUUCCUACCUGUGAUGAUAUCAUAUUUCAUGAAGGACAAUUGUAUGCAUUAAAAUGUAAUGGACAACUUAUGGUUUGUGACAUUGAUUCUUGCCCAAAGCCAAUAGUGACAGAGGUUGCACCUGCUUAUCCAAGAAUUCAAGGUGGGGAUAUGUAUUUGGUAGGGUCUUCCAGCGGGCUAAUGAUGGUCCGACGAUGUAUACACGUAGACAGAUGUUCUAUUUCUAACAAGGAGAUAUAUACAAGCAAGACAUUAUCUUUUAUGAUUUUCAAGCUUGAUACUAGUGGUCGAAAUUGGUAUCAAGUUCAAAGUUUAGGUGAUGAUGUGUUGUUCUUGGGAUUGAAUUCAUCUUUAGCCAUUUCAUCUCAUGAUUAUCCUGUAUACAAGAGAAAUUGUAUAUAUUUUACGGAUGUCAACUACAAUUUUGGUUUGAAGGGCACUGGAAGACCUUUUGAUGAAGGUGUAUUCUGCUUGGAUGAAAAGAAGAUUGAACCUCUACCAACUUAUUCAAGUGAUUUAAAUGAGGUUUGGCCAGCACCGAUUUGGGUAACGCCCAAUCCCUAUUGA